AUGGCGGAUUUCGAUGAGGAUCUGUUCGACGAAGGAGACGAAUACCGGGAGCGUCGCUACAUGGAGGAGCAGGCCCAACUGGAAUGCGCCGAAUUGGAUACGGCGAUUGAGGGAGGUGACAGCAAGCGAAGCGUUAUGCUGGUGGAUUCGCCCCCUGAGACACCCACGAAGAGUUGCCCGAUAUGCAACAUUGACCUUGGGCCGGCGAGCGAGCAAGAUGCAGGUAUCCAUGUCAACAAUUGCCUGGAUGGAAAUCCUACACCCCUGCCCGAACGAAAGCCUGCUACCGAAGCAGCUCCUGCAUCACGCCUGAACCAUUCGCCUUCUGCCGAUCAGUAUCGCAAAGUCGUCAGACCGCCCAAGCCCGGUCAAGCAAGUCCGUUUGUGUUAGGAGAGGCUAGCAUGAAUGGCGGCUCCGCGUUCAACAGACUUAUGUCGGGUCACGCAGAGGAUGCUGCGUGGGCAGAGGCCGCCGCUAGAGAAAAUGCCUCGCGUGGCAAGCCUGCGUACCAACGUACUUGCCCUUUCUACAAGAUCCUACCAGGGCUGUCCAUCUGCGUCGAUGCAUUCCGGUAUGGAGCAGUCGCGGGGUGCAGGGCAUAUUUCCUCAGUCACUUUCACAGUGAUCACUACAUUGGCCUGACAUCGACGUGGAAUCAUGGACCCAUCUACUGUUCCAAAGUUACGGCCAAUCUUGUUCGCCAGCAGCUUCGAGUGGAUGCGCAGUUUGUGGUUCCACUAGAGUUUGAGCAGACUGUGGAUGUUCCAGGCACCAAAGGAGUCAAGGUCACAAUGAUCUCAGCGAAUCACUGUCCAGGUAGCUCUCUGUUUCUAUUCGAGAAAGUCAUCGGCAAAAAGACCAACGGCGACCCUCGCCUACAACGCAUACUCCACUGCGGCGACUUUCGAGCUUGCAAAAUGCAUGUCGAGCAUCCCCUUCUCAUGCCCGAGGUUCGAAAUAAGCUGAGCGGAAAAUCCGAGGAGCAGAAGAUCGAUGUGUGUUAUUUGGACACCACAUAUCUCAACCCGAAAUAUGCCUUUCCGAACCAGCAGGCUGUCAUUCAAGCAUGUGCAGACAUGUGCGUAUGCUUGAGCAAAGACACGCCGGAUGAGACCGAUGGAUGGGAACAGAUGAAGCGGCAAAGGGCAGGCGAGGGAAUGGCGAAGUUUGUUCGAAAGGAAUCGCAGUCUGACGUCAAGAUUGAGUCGACGGAAGACGACGAUGUUGCAAGCAUGCACGACAUCAAGAUCGAGAAGAACCCACAUCAAAGCCAACAGAUUCUCUCGUCUGCCCACGAGAAGAAGAGCCGAGGCCGUUUACUGGUUGUGGUCGGCACCUACAGCAUCGGCAAAGAACGCAUCUGCGUCGGCAUCGCCAACGCCCUCAACUCCAAAAUCUACGCCCCGCCCUCCAAGCAACGCAUCGUCGCCGCGCUCGAGGACCCCGAACUCGACGCCCUGAUGACCUCCGACCCGCGCCAGGCCCAAGUCCACAUGACGCCGCUCUUCGAAAUCCGCGCCGAGACCCUCGACGACUACCUGCGCGAUUUCUUCCCGCACUUCACGCGCGCGGUGGGGUUCCGGCCCUCGGGCUGGAACUACCGGCCGCCCAACACGCGCUUCAUCGAGUCGCCGCCGGUGCAGAACGUGCUGCACGGCGAGAACUGGAGGAGCGCGUACAGCAUGCGCGACCUGGUCCCGCAGCGCGGCAGCUCCAGCCGCGCCAGCUGUUUCGGGGUCCCGUACAGCGAGCACUCCAGUUUCCGGGAGCUCACCAUGUUUUGCUGUGCGUUGCGCAUCGAGAAGAUCAUCCCCACGGUGAACAUCGGGAGUCAGAAAAGCCGGGAGAGGAUGAAGGCUUGGUGUGAGAGGUGGAUGGUGGAGAGGAAGAAGAAUGGAUUGUAUACUUGGGAGUGA